UUAGUUAACGUGCUUGCAUUCAGUUUAGGAAGAAGCUGCUUUUUCCCGUCGACUUCUGCCAGCAAUACGCUAUGAGGCCACAGGCUCCUAAUGUGCCGGACAAGGGUCCGCCGGAGAAGGCCCACGGGGAAAAUUUCGCCCAGCACUUCAUAAGGACGCUACACCUCAAGCUGCAAGACCCCAGCCUACUUCAAGCGGCACCACCCCCACCUCCGGAACUGUUUAAGCAUAAUGAUAAGAACGAAGCCGGGGCUGGUGCCGAUGGUGCUGCGGAUGGCAUGUAUCCGGGCCAUCCCGAAGCUUGGGGCAGUCCGAAGCACCCCUUUGGCGCUCCUCCUGGCUCUUACAAGCUGCUAAGCUCCGACUAUGCAUGGCUGGAUGCCCCGAAGUCCUUUUCGAGGCGAGCUGCCAGCAAUGCCAGUGCAAAGGGCUUCGGAGGUGCCAACGGCGAAGAGGAGGAGGAGCCGCUGCCGGAACCCCCACUCGUCAUGCAGCACACCAGGUUCCUGGCCAAUGCCCGGCUAGUGCUCAUCAAGCUGCGGCAGCAGCUGGAGGAGGUGUGCGUGGGCGCGGUACGGCGCAUGGAGGAGGCCGCCAACCCGCCGCCGCUCCUGGACGACCUGGUGCCUGCAGCGCUGUCCAACAUGUCCAGCUUCGCGGGGGGCAGCGCCGCCACCACGACAGCGGGCGGCAUGGCCUCCGCGCGCAGCUUCGGUGGCAGCAGCCUGGGGGGCGUCAGCCUGCUGGGCGGCGCGGGUGGGCGCGUGAGCUUCAGCGGGAUGCUGGGGGGCGGCGGGCGGCUGCCGCCGGGGCUUGCAGACGAGGUGGCGGAGAGUGUGCGCGCCAAGCUGUGCGCCGCCUUCGAGGACUGCCUGUCAGACACCAUGGACCAGCUGUGGGGCGCGAUGCAGUACGCGGGUAGCAAGCACGCGCUGGUGGACCGACUCCGACAGGCUAUGCAGCAGCGCGAGGCGGAGCUGGAGGCCUGCGCCGCCAGGCAGCGCGAGGAGGCGGCCAACAAGCUGCGUGCGAUGCGGCGGCAGAAGGAGGAGAUAGAGGCCGCGGCGGAGAAGGAGCGCUCCCAGCUGCGUGCGCUGCUGAUCGCCGCCAACCAGCGCAUCGAGUUCCUGGAGCGGGAUCUCAACCAGAUGCGCAUCUCGCUGGAGACGGAGCGGGCGGAGAGGAACUCCAAGCUGGAUGCCCAGCGCGCCGAGCUGGAGGCGGCCCUGCACGCCAAGGAGGAGGCGCUGGAGGCGAUGCGGGCGGACCACGCGGCGCGGCUGGACGAGAUGCGGGCGCUGGCGGCUGGGCUGCAGGAGCAGCUGGCGCAGCGGCAGGGGGAGCUGGACAAGAUGACUGCGCGGGCCACGGAGCAAGCAGACAUGCUGGCGCUUGCGUUCGCUCGGCGGGACGGCACCAGCAGGGAGCUGGAGGCAGUCACGGAGCAGCUGGAGGAGUUCAAGCGUUUCGUGCACCUGUCCGCCGGCAUGCCGGUCACCGAGUGGCUGGCGGGGCUGCGCGAGGGCGAGGUGCCGCUCAUGCCGCUGCCGGGCGGGCCGCUGGACAUGGAGCAUGGCACGGGGAGGGCAUUCCUGGCGGCUGCCCGGCUGUACGGGCUGCAUGCCGUGCAGGACGAGCUGCGGCGGCUGCUGCCCCGGGAGCUGCCCUGGCCGGAGGGGGGCUGGCCGCCCGCGGAGGAUGAGGGGCUGGAGGAGGGCGAGCUGGGCUCCCCGCAGGCACCUCCGCCCCUGUCCGGGGACUUCCCGCCCACCCUGCCCGUCACCUGGCACCGCUUCCUGCGCGCCCCCAUGUGCACCCCCCUGCCGCCCGCCGUGCUGAUGACGCGACUGGCAGACCUGGCGCACGCCAAGUGGGCGGCGGACAAGGCGGCCUACACGCAGGGGCUGCCGCUGCCGGACAUCCACAUGUUCGUGUACAAGCACGAGCUGUCGGAGCAUCCCUCUGCCGCCGAGGCCGACGAAGCCAUCGUCACCCUCAUCCAGAGCCUGCGCGCACACAAGAAGCUGCCCCGCGCCGCCACCUGGCUGCAGCUGCUGCAGCUGAGCAACCCCGUGCUGCCGCCGGAUGCGUGCGCGUUCUACUUGGAGGCCUUCCACUCGCUGAUGGCCCCCGGCAUCCCGCCGCCCAACUACAUGGACGCCAGCACCGGGGUGGUGUGGGUGUCGCCCACCAAGUGGCGCGCGGCGCUGACGGGGCCGCUGGUGGCGGGAUUCGACACGGAGAGGAAGGCGGCGCUGCUCAAGCAGGCUGCCUCCGUGCGCAUGGACACGCACCGCGGCACCAACUCCUUCGGCAUGUCGGACGGAGACAUGCUGCUGACCGCAGUCAUGGGCGCAUGGCUCAGCCAGCGCCAGUCUGCCAUGAAGGAGCUGGCUGCCGCUUGGGCUGCGGCUGAGCCCGGCGGCGGCUCCGGGGGCGUGCUGGCGACCCGCAUGGACGUGGACCAGCUGUCCAGGGUGGCGGCGGCCGGCCUGGGUCCCGACACCGUUCCCCAGGACCGCGCCUCCCAGAUCGAGCUGUACUUCAACACGGUACAAGCCGCCCGCACCUCCCAAGCCGCCUCACGCACCCGCUGGUCCGGCCUCACCGUCGCCGCACUGGGCCAGGCGCUGUCGGAGGUGGGGCUGCUGCCGCCGCGACCCACGGGUCAGCGCAUGUCGCAUGAGGGCAUGCGCCUGGCCACCGCCUCCGCCCACAUGCUGCGGGUUUCGGAGCAUGUUGCCGCCGACAUGCGGCUGCAGCCGGGAUUCCGGGCGGGUGCGAGCUUCGAGGCCCUGGAGCAGGCCAUGGCGCGACUAAGGGAGAUAUUGGCCGCGGUGGCCAGCGGUCCCCCGCCGGCUGAGUUGGACCGGCGAGUGCAAGCGGGCUGGGCGGUGCUGGAGGAGCUCACUGGGGCGCUGCUGAAGGCGCGUGACGCCUACCGGCUGUUCGAUGCGGCAGUGCGGGACCAGACGGCCAGGAUGGAGAGCGCGAUGGGCAGGAACCGGGGUGGAGCGGGUGGUGACGGAGGGAAGGCUGCCAGCCGCCCCGGCUCCGCCCGCCUCACCGCCCUGCGCGGGGGCCGCGGCGCCCGCAGCUCCUCCCGCGCCGACCUGGCCGCUGCCUUCGACGCCGCCGGCGAGCCGCCCCCCCGCACCUCCUCCGGCGGCAACCCGCUGGUGCCCAUCCUCAGCCGCAGCACCUCCACGCGCUUCGCCCGGCCGCCCAGCAGCGGCGUACUGCAGCGCGACCUGCGGGCCGCACUGGCGAGCGCGCACUGGUCCUCGGAUGAGGACGAGGAGGAGGUGGCCAUGAUGGAUGGGGAGUCCGCGUCACAGGCGACGCUGCGGCUGCGGGGACGUGCCCCGCGCAUGCAGCGCAGCGUCAGCAUGGCCAUACGGGAAGAGCCCAGUCAGAGAGCCGCGCUGUCUCGCUCGGUGUCCAUCAAGGCAUCCCCAGCGGCCUCGCGCGGUCCGUCGAUCGCGGGGGUGGCCACAACGCCGUCGCCGCGUGGGGCGCCGUCUCGCAGUACCUCCAUCGUGACACCACCGGGAGGCUCAGGCUCAGGCGGGCGAGCAGGCGGCACCCUGUCACGUGCGGUAUCCAUCGCCGCCCCGCGACCGCUAUCCGCAGCAGCCGCACGCAAUGUCGAGGCGGCGACUGCUGCUGCUGGCGGCACCCGGCCGGUGGCGGCAGCAGCUUCCCCCCGCAGCGCGAUGUCCCGUUCCGUGUCCAUUGUGACACGAACCGUAUCCCUCCACAACGGCCUGGCUCCCGACCCCACAGGGGCCGCGGACGGCAUGGCAGACGGCACUGAUCCCAGCGAUGACGAUCGGGGCCGGGAAGACGCCGGCGGCGGCUACGACCGGUACUACCCAGACGAUCCGGGCAGCCCCACCGCACAGCGCCUGGCGCAACUUGAGGACAAGUAUCACCGACUGCGCACUCGCUUCGGUGAGGCCACACGCACGCUGCAGACCGCCUAUGACGUCAGCACCGCCGGCGGCGGCGGCAGCGCGGGGCUGCCCUCCCCCGAGGUGCUGUCCCAGAUGCGCCCCGCCGCCAAGCUGCGCCUGGUGGCGGAGUUGCUGGCGGAGCUGCACCAGGAGUGCGAGCAGGGCGUGUGGCCCAAGCUGGGGGACACCGUGCUGGCGGCGCUGGUGCGGCCGGGAGCCGCAGCGGGCCCCGCAGCGGUCCCGGCGGCGGCGGCUGGGGGCUCGCCGGGCAGCCCCAGUCGGCCGGUGUCCGCCCCGCUGGGUGGCCCCAGGCGGGUCAGCAUGCGCCCCACCUCUGCGGUCAGGUCAGGGGGAGCUCCACCCGGGGGUGGAGCUAGGGCGGGAGGAGGAGGCAGUGCUGGGGGGCUGUCAGCGGUGGAGUCAGGGACGGAGGCGGGGGCGGGGCUGGAGGAGGAGGACAGCGAGGCUUCGGGGGAGCAGACGGAGGCGCAGUUGCGUGGGUCGCAGUAUGAGGUGGAGGCGGAGGAAGAGGAGGAUGAGGAGGGGCUGGGUGAGGGUGAGGUGGAUGGUGUGCCGCAUGCGGAGCUGCAGGAGGUGGCGGGGCGGCUGCAUGCGCACGCGGGGCAUGUGGGGCAGGUGAUGGCGGCGGCGGCGCUGGAGACGGCGGCGCUGGCGGCGGCACUGGAGGACGUGGCGGGCUGGCGGUCACGUCCGGGCAGCUCGCGAGUGCCGGCGGUGUCGGUGCUGCUGCCGGGCGGCGGAGACCCCGCAAGCGACGGCGAGGCGGCUGGAUUGUCGAGACCUGGCAGUGCCCGUGUGUCCAUGGCUGGCCGGAUGUCCACGGCGGGUCGCAUGUCGAUGGCUGGAAGGAUGUCGGUCGCAGGCCGCGUGUCCAUGGCCGGUCGCCCGCCCGAGGGCCCGGCGUACGGCAGCAUGGGUGGCGAGGCUGCAGGCGCGCAGCAAGACAUGCGUGCCCGGCCGGUAUCCGCCAGCUUCAUCCGCCCCAUGAGCGCCUCAACAGCACCCGCUUACAGCAGUGGACCCAGCGGUGGCUAUCUGGAUCGCGGUGCGGGCGCCAAUGAGCGCCAAGGUGCGGCGAUAACACGAGCAGCUCAUGACGAGCCGCAGCCGCAUGAAGAUGAUGACGACCCACGGGACACUGUCUACCUUGAUGCGCUGCGCGCGCUGCACCUAGCCGCGGAGGCGGAGGCGGCUGGCGAGGGCGGCGUGGGGCCGCUGGUCACGGCGGUGCAGGAGCUGGUGAGGCUGCUGGGCGGGCAGCCCAAGGUGACGGCAGACGGGCGCGUGAUUGAGUUCUUCCCGAGGCGAUUGCCGAAAGACUGGCGGCUGCCGCUGCUGCGCUCCUCCCUCACGCGCCUCUACAUCUACGUGUGCGGCGGACUGCUGCAGCAGCACGAGCGCUCCGUGCUGCUGCGCGACGCCACCGCGGACCUGGAGCACCGACACGCAGCCCUGGUCAAGGCAGCAGACGAGCUGGAGGCCAAGGCCGCCAACCUGCGCGGCCUGCAGACGGCGCUAGGGGUGCAGCUGGCGUCCAUGGCGGCGUGGGUGGCCCAUGGGUCGGUGAUGGCGGACUGCGUGACGCAGCUGGGCAUGGCGUUAUCGGAACUGAAGAUGCGCGUGAAGGCGGUCACGGCUGCGGAAAAGGCAGCGGAGAAGGCGGCGGCGAAGGCUGCCGCAGCCGCUGAAAAGGCGGGUGCUACGGACAAGGCUGCCGGGACGAAGGCUGCUGCUACUGGUACUGCUCCAUUGAAGGCUUCUGCUAGUUAUGUGAUUCCAAUUCCGCCACCGGGGACGAGCGCACCUGGCACGGCUGCAGGGGCUGGUGGGGCUUCCUCCUCCCCGGCAGCAGCGCCUGGAUCGCCUGUAAGGGCGGUGCUUGCUGUUCCCGUGCAGCCUGCAAGCAGUGAGAUAACGGUGAAGGCCAUCGAGGUAGCUUGCAAGAGCGUGGCAGUUCCCGCUACCGACUGGGAAGUGGUGCAGCGAUCCGUGAAGACGCUUGCAGCAGCGGUGGGACGCCUCCGUACCGCUGCGGGGCAGCUGGCGGUGCUGGCACAGUCAGGCGUCCAGGCGGAAUGCUUGAAACAGGGUUCAAGUUGGACCGGCAGGGCCGCGGCCAUGGGUCCGCUGCUGCCCAGCGGCGACCAGAUCCUGGUGGUCAACGUGAACUUGGCCGCAGCCGCCGCUGCGGCGACGGCCACCGGCAAGCGCACAGUGACCAUAAGUCCUGACGCUCUGCCCCCGGGUACAACCAAAGACCAUGCAGCUGACCAUGCUGCCCCACAGUCUACGGAGCCGCAACCGCAGCAGCAGCAUCAGCCUCAGCUGGAGCUGCCUGAGGGCGAGCGGAAACAGGAACAGCCGGGACAGCUGCCUCCGGGGCAGCAGCAGCAGCAGCAACCGCAGGCGCAGACCCAGGAGGAGUACAAGUUCGUGGUAGAGCUCCAACCCGCGCAGGCAGGAGCCCUACCUGGUGCCUUGGAGGGCAUCAUCGCCGCAGCCCCCCCGGGCUCACCGUCCAGAGCUGGAACCCAGUCCAAGGUUCCCUACUCCCGGAAAGUGUACGACUCUGACACCGACACUGACAGUGACAGUGAGAGCGACGACCAGAGCCCCCAUGCACAGGGCGGACUGCUGCGGCUGAGAAUCAAGCCCAGCCUGGCUGACGCCGCAGUCAGCAGUGCGCCGGGCGGAGUGCCGCAGUACCCAGAUGCGGGCACACCGGCGGUCAGCCGCGAGGCGAGCCGGGCAGCGCUGGAGGAGGAGGGGCCUCCCGGGUUCACCCUGGAGAUGGCCAUGAAGCGGGCUUUCAUGGCCCUCAGCAGCGGCGGUGGUGCCAGCUCCCUGCCGCCCGGAGAGGCCCUCAUCCAACUCAGCAAUGACCUGCUGCGGCGCUCCUCCCUGGCAGCGCAGCAGCGCCGACCCCGCGACGGCAGCCGCAGCGCCAGCCGCGGUGCUAGCCGCUUCCGGUCCAGCGGAGCCGCUGCUGCGGAGGACGCGCUGGGGCGUGUGCCUCCGUACUACGCGCGGCGGCCCCUGACGGCCAGGGCGUUCGUGGAAGGGGUGAUGCUGCACGCGCGGCAAGACCAGCUGCAGAGAAACACCGAGUCCAUCGGCCCCAUGCCCCGCGGCGGGCUGCCGCACGUGGAGCAGCUGGCGCGUGCGGACGCCCGGGCCGCAGCCGCACGGGAGCAGCAGCACGCGCUGCAGGUGGGCGGCCCCGAGCCGGAGCCCGCCACGGCGCUGGAGGCGCUGCUGUGGCAGCACAGGGAGGCUGCGGCCGCCGCCUCGGCCGCCGCCACGAGCGCCGUGGUGGAGGCGGUGUCGGCGGCCGCUGCGGUGAUGGCGCAUGGGGCUGGAAGGGAGGGCGGAAGUGCGGGCGGGGGGGUGCAGCGUGCGACGUCACCGCACGGGACCGCGGCUGCGGCGGGGAUCAGGGCGCGGAGCGAGGCAGAUGGCGCUUCACCUCGGGGCCGGCAGUCGUUGGGGGGGUUGAGCCCUGAGCGCGGGCGGCCCAAAUCCGGUCGGCUGGCUACACUGCCGUCAGCGAGCUACGGGGGGGCUGCCGUCACGACUGCCGGGUCGGAAGCGGCGUUGCCGCCUAGCGACGCGCAGUUGGGCUAUUACCCCGGCUUGCAGGUUGACGCAGCGGGCCGGCUGAUGGAUUGGCGCCUUCCGCUGCUUGUGCCGUUUAGGACGCAGAGUCCGCUUCGGCGUAGCCCGUUGAAGGGGAGACGCGUGCCUUAGCAGGGUAGUAGACUUACAUAAUGGCGUGCGGCUGGUAUGUCCUUGAUGUACAGCAAGUCUGUCUCCGGGAAAUGUGAGCUGGAUUGAGUUACAUGGCCCCUGGCGCGGUUAGCAAGGCCAGUAAUCCCAUUCAGUAGGGCACUGAAAAAUCCGCGCGCGUCCCGUGCAUUACCUAGUAUGUAGUGACUAUACAAAGACAGAUGCCUUGAACUCAAUCUUUAGCCCAAAGAACCCGAUGCAUGAAAGCCGAUGUUGUUACAGCGUUGUUUGCAUAGGUGUAGCCUGCGGCGAAGAUGGCUGGCGAGUUGUGGAUGUGUUUGACGUGUUUCGUACUGCCCGGACUCAGGGCACUGGCUCUUACGUAAUCUCGGCCCUUAGGGGUCAUCACAUGCCGCAUGGGGGCACGUGCGUUUGCAACAUGCCACAUAGAGUAUGAUCCUAGCGACUCAUGGUUUCGAGCUUUCCUGGCGGGUGGCGGCCAAGCCAUCCCCAAACAGUUCCGCCUGUGCAGAAUACAGGCAAGCCAUGUGCGUUUUGUUAAAAAGUGGUCCUUCUGCGCUACCCAUUUUUUGAUUGCAUCUAUAACGUUGGUGGAGCUAAGGUAAAACAGGCAUAAUCUAUAGGCACAUGUUGCACUGCGACGACGUACAAUGGUAUAAUAUAAAUACCAUGCUUUGAAGGCAGGUGCAUAGGUGGUUGCGGAGUGGUUUGACCGUGGUAAAAGCCCGGCGUUUAGGAAAGAUGUGUACUUUCCGUUAGUAACUGUGUUGUGGCAGACGGCAGCGAUGUGCGUUGAAGCCCGUUCCACCAUCCGACACGUGCACGUGGGACCCCAAAGUACAAUGCCAUGUGCGUGUACCUAGCUUGAACGUUGACCUUCACAGCUAUACGUUACAUGCAAGUUGCGUACACGUUACACUCUGCGGUGCACCGGUGCUGUAGGAAAGCCCUAACUUUCGACACCAUGCCCACAAGCCGCCCCUAGUUGUUUGUUGGAUACUGGCCAGAACCUUGCAACAGGCCUUCAACAUGUUACUUAUAACUGCGAAUUGUCGGCUUGUUCCGUAGGAAGGACAGACGCUGACUGACCUAGGAGUUGGAAGGCCCCGGGCAGGGCUUUUUGGGAGUUAGCCCCAGCACCUAACAAAUACUGCGGCGGAGGACGGCCUUGGAAUGCAGGCAAACGGCUCCGAAUUGAAACAUCGCCUGUCAAAGGCUUUGCUUGACAUCUCUGGCUCGCUUGCUUCGGUAAAAAGCGGGGCGCUGGUGCAGAUAUGGAUGCCGGAGCAUACACACGAUGGAACCAUUGUCCUCAGCUGUCAGGGCCUCCCCUUCGCUGUUGCGGGCGUUGGCGACCUGCUGGCGCUGUUCCGCUGCGUGUCGGUGCGGUACCGCUUCUCGACGGAUGUCAUGAAGCCCACGCUGAUGGGGGCCGUCGGCCGGGUGUACUCCACGCUUGAGCCCGAGAUGUCACACAACGUGCAAAAGUACGACAAGCAGGUCUACCUGCGUGUGAGCGAGGCGCAGCGGUGCCGUGUGCACUCCACGCUCAUGGUGCCCAUCUUCGGCUCGGACGCGCGCGACACUCCGCUGGCGGUGUUUGAGCUGGUGCAGGGUGAUAGGGAUGUCACCUUCCCGGCCGUGAUCUCGCAGCUCACCUCCUCGCUGCAGAGCGUCAGCUUGUAUACCACGGACGUUGAGACUGCGGCCAGCGCCGCGGGUCUGCGCAAGUGGCCCAUGCACAUAGACGCGUUGCCCGCGCUGGAGUACGGCGGCGGCUGUGCGGGGCGGCUAUCACCCACGAAUGACGGGCCCCCACGGAUCAACAGCGUGCCACGCAUACAGGAACUGGCGGAGGAUAAGGAGCCGGUCUCGUCCUCCAAUUACAAUGCGGGAGAGGAAAAGCCGUCGCCCAGCGCAUCCCGUGGCGACGAAGCUGGCAGCUGGGGAGCCAAGGGAACAUUGCAGCCGGCACGGUUAUCAGGCGGACAGCACCCGCUUCACCCUCUCUUGCAAGGCGGCGCGGCAGCCAUGAAGUUGUCCUCCAGCCCGCAGACCGUUGCAGAGCCCCUCGCACCAGCAGCCGCAUCAGCGGGUCUUGCGGCGGCAACGACCCCAGCCCAGGGAGCUGCACCCGCGGGUGUCUGGCCAGGGUCCGGUGGUGGGGGCGUGCAGUGUGAUCCUCAUAAGGCCUCGGAACAGCCACGGAACGCGGCACCUGCGUUGAACAUCAGCAGCAGCAGCAGCAUGGAGAUCUCGGGAGGCGGCCGGACAGCACCGCCUGUGGACGUGAGCAACACGCAAGAGCUGAUGUCCUGGCUGUCGCAGCACAGCGGAGGGGGCAGCAUGGCGCUGGAGCAGCUGCGCAGCAUGCUGAUGGAGCAGCAGCAGCGUAAGGCGGGCCAACAACAGCCGACAGGGAACCAGCAGCAAGCUGGGGCGGGGCAGCCCACACAGCCGCAUCCUAUGGAUUCACAGCCGUCCGCGCUUGCCUCUGGAGCCAACCACCCUUUGAAUGCCUCACCGUCCGCAGCAAAGGCUGGCUUCUUGCCGCAUAGGUCCUCGUUUUCAUUGGAUAUCCCUGCAGCCUCCGCUGCUGCAGUCACGGCCGCAGCAUCGGCGGGCGACAAGUCGAUCAAGCUGUCUCGCAGCGGCUCGGCUCAACGUGCGCUUGCUGAUACCAUUGACGACGGCGAUGGCGAGGAUAUCAGCAGCGGGGGCGAGGAUGACGAUUCGGAUGAUGAGCGGUCGGGAGGCAUGCGCAAUAACAACCGCGUUGGGGGCGGCGCUGGCAAGCGGCUGCGCUUUGAGGACCUGCAGGCGCAAUUUGGGCUGGGGCUCAAGGAAGCAGCCAACAACCUGGGCAUCUGCGCAACCACGUUGAAGCGCGCCUGCCGGCGGCACGGCAUCAAGCGCUGGCCGCGACGCCAGAUUGCGAAGCUCAGCAAGGCCCUAAACCAGAUGGGCUAUAGCGGCGCGCCGCCGCCAGGGCUGGUGCAGAACGCCGUGAUGAAUGUUGGCUCGUCCAUGCAGGCUGCUGCUGCGAGGCCCAAGCCUCCGAAGAAGCCCGAUCCAGCCGCGUUGCAGCAGGCGACCCACCUGCUGCUCCAACAGCAGCUAGGCGCGGCUGCGGCGGCUGCAGCGGGCGGGGGCAUGUUCCCGAACAUUGCCUCGGCUGCCGGCUUGAUGAUGGGUGGUCAGUUUCAGGGGAUUCCGCACGGCAUGCAGGGUAUGUACGGCAUGGCUGGUCAGGCAGGCCAGCCGGGGCAGCAACAGCAGCCGCAGGGUGUUUUCCCGGGCACCUCCUUGGUGGGAAGCAUGGGUCAAGUAAUGGCGCAGCAUGCCGGCAACGGGCCGGCCGCUACCGGUGCGGGCUUGGGCCAGGGGGCGCAUGUGCUAAUGGGUGGGAUGGCUGGCGGCUUGAGCGCCGCCAUUCAGAUGCAUCAAGGCAUGAGCGCUUUGGGCGCCAUGCAAGGUGGGCACGCAGGCGGGAUCCAGGCGGCUGCGCUAGGCAUGCAGCUGCAGGGUGCUGGCGGGAUGCAGCUGCAGGGGGGCGCAGGGAUGAGCCUUCAAAACGCCGGCGGCGCCCUGCACCCAGUCUUGGGCGGAGGAUUCGGCAUGCAACAGGCCUUGCAUCAGCACCAGCUGCAGCAGCAUCUGCAAGCGCAGCAACAGCAACAACAGCAAUUGCAGAGCUACCAUCAGCAACAGCUGCAACUGCAACAGCAGCAACACGCAGUACAGCAGCAACAACAACAGCAACAACAACAACAACAGCAACAACAACAACAACAACAGCAACACCAGAUUCAGCAGCAGCUAGGCUUGAUGCAACCCCACGCGGUACAACAGCAUCCGCAGCAGCAACACGCGGUGCAGCAGCCGGGCAUGCAGCAGCACCCAAGCAAUGGCAUGCUGCACCAGCUGAGCAGCUCUGAUCCGGCGGGGUGGCUGAACCAUGCCUCGAGCUCUGCAGGUGCGCUGAGCCUUGCGUCUUCAAUGGCGCCAGCGUCGUCCGCUGCGAUGGACGUCUCGGCCCCACGCAUGUCCCGCGGUGAUUCACCCUCGCCGUUCACUGGUCUGGCCAUGUCUCCGGGACUGAGCGGCGCGACCCCCGAGCUGUGCGCGCUGUCGGAGAUACCCGAGGACUUCAUCCAAAACCUCAACAGCAGCGGCGGUGUUUCCGUCCAAAUGGGGGGGAAGAGCGGCACGUUGGGCGGGGGCCUGGAGUUGCUGGACCUGCUUGGAGAUGACCUCGCCGCGCGGUAGGUGGCCUCUGCCCGUAGGGGGCCCAGGGAGCUAGGGUCCCUUUCGCUAGUACGCCGGUGGAAAGCUGUAAAACAUGUAGCGUGCUUGGCGAGCAGCCACAUACGGUGUGCGCGUGCGGUUGCUUAUGCUUGUUGAUAAGCUUGAGGAUUUUUCAUGGAGGGGCCCUCACAGGCUAUCAUGUGUACCUGACGUAGCAUCCUUUGUGGCCAUUGCUGCCAUGGGCAUGUGGCUUGGAGAGUCAAGGGUCAAACGGGGCGUUUAAUUUUGCUCGCAUGCCAUGCUGCUACGUUACAUGGCAAGGAAACCACAUUUGUUGUAUCUCCAUAAUGCCUUUCGAAUGCCUUAGUGCGGCAUUAUGGGUAUCACCACGACGGUAAACGUCAUACCUCCUGGUUGUAAAGGGUUUACCCGUGUUACAGUUGCGCCACGUGUACACGACAGCACUGGGCGCGUCGUAGCGGCGGCUAUGUACCUGUGUGUGGCUAUGUAUCGAAGGUUUCUUCGGGUGGAUGUAAACGGGCAUUUGCACAAAAGCGUUGCCAUGGGGGGGUUCCGUUGGCUGACGUGCUAUGGCUACGUGUGCUGUCCUGUCGUCGCUCGCACGCAUGCUUACCUGUUCUCGCAUCUAAUUGUCGCGGGUAACUGAACAGUUACCAACAUGUUUGUACACUGUGUCGGGAGAACAACUUUGUUAUGGUGUGAGAUGUGCUGCUUGGGUUGUCACCCUACGACUUAUGUCCCUUAACGUAUUGUGUGCCAACUACUGGGUUCGGGUGGGUUGACAUGCAUACUCGUGUGUGUCUUGAUUAUUGCGGGCUUUGCGUAGCUAUAGCCGGGUUAACUUGCGUGCUGGGUGGUAGCUUUGGCAUGGAGGUGUACGACACCAUGCCUGCGGCCCGAGCCCUAAGGGCUGCUUGCGCUUCGGGUGCUAGCAAGUUAGUUAUUUUGUUUUGUUGUUCAGUGCGCCCGCCCAGCCCAUCCCAGUGUUUUCCGCACUUCUCGCGCGGUUUGGGCUUUGGUUCCUUACUUCGUGGCCCUUCUCUUUGUCGGGCCUUAGGCAUAGCGGAUGUAACUCAAACGGCAUUCGAGCCCUAAUGCGAGUUAACCCCUUCGGGCAGAGAAACUUUGCGAACGGUAUGAUCUGCUACGACCUGCACCUAAAGGAGUUUGGUCGCAAAGAGUGCCAUAUGUAAACAAUGGAGUGGUG